UAUCUCCGAGUUCAGAGGGUAAUGGUUGGAUGAAGAUGGCUGUCGGCAAACGGAGGUGUUGGCAGUAAGCGAAAUGACUCACAGAACUAGACUCGUGUUUAGCCAUCAUUACUGGACUUGAAAUGCAGAGCUAUAUGCAUUUCUGAUAAUUAUUAUAUUUUGACAUUUUUGUCGAGGAGGGCUGCAUAAUGGUGCACGUGUACGAGUUCAUGUGGCGGGUUUUGCAUGUCCUUCUCCACAUUCAUAGAACGUUUAUCACUUUGUUCCGAAUCCGUCUUCGCAAUUGGAAUGGGCAGCUAUGGUCACGAGCCUUAGCGGCGCUUCUUGUGCCGAUAGCUCUCUCGUUUCCCAAACAGAAAAAGCUCGUUCCUGCACCCGGUAAACUCGUUGGUCGUCGGUAUCGCUGGAGGGCGGAUGGGAAAUCCCUGGAGAAGCUGCCUGACCACAUCGGCUUGUUGAUAGCGGAAGAAGAGCCGAGAUACACAGACAUUGCCAACCUUGUCGUGUGGUGCAUGGCAGUCGGCAUAUCGUAUAUCAGUGUGUACGAUAAUCACGGUGUGUUCAGGAGGAACAACUCCAGGCUGAUGGAGGAGAUCCUGAAGCAGCAGCAGGAGCUCCUGGGUCUGGAAGGCUCCAAGCAGCACUCUGUAGAGUUCCUCAGCAAUGGCCCUGACAAACAGGACCAUCAAGUGCUGUCGUGUCAGUCCGUGGUGAAGGUGCUGUCUCCAGACGAUGGGAAGCUGAGAAUCGUCCAGGCAGCACAGGAGCUGUGUCGAGCUGUGGAACAGAUGGAGAAGACAGCCAAAGACAUCAACGUCACUGUGCUUGACUCUCUACUCAGAGAGUCGAAGACUACACCAGAUCCUGACCUGGUUCUGAAGUUUGGCCCAGUAGAAAGCACCCUGGGGUUCCUGCCCUGGCACAUCAGACUGACAGAGUUCAUCUCCUUACCCUCCCACGUGGAUGUCUCCUAUGAGGACUUAUUCAGCGCCCUUCAGCACUACGCCUCCUGUGAGCAGCGGCUGGGGAAGUGAGUGAUUGGCCAGGCCCCCUUCAGAGGAAGGGGAACGACAGGGCUGGGUUAGGAGCUGCCCUUGCCCCUCCUCCCGGGUCUCUGUUUACAGUGCAGGCACUAGAGAACAAGCAGACAGCGUACCGCCACAUCGAAUCGCAUCUCCACCACCACUCACUGUCUGUUUUUCUGCUCAUCUGGCUCGCCAGGCCGCCUCUGUGAGGCGUGCUGGGUAGUACGGGCCCUGCCAAGGUAGCGUCACGCACUGAACAUCUACCCCCGCGUCAGUCGGAUUAACGAGGAACCAACAUCACCUGAAGGACAUGGUUAGCAGUAUGGUAUAAAUCUAGUUUAGCUUCGCUUCUCUCGCUGUUUGCUCUAGAUCCUGCUGUGCCCCUGAGGUAUGGCUGAGGAUGACGUUCUGCUGCUCUGAAGGGUGCGAUGUGUUGAGAGGGAUGUGUGAGGCUAAAUGUUUAGUGCUGAACAACAUUCCUCCACAUAGCUCAUCAGGAGGUCUCUCUAUCUCUGACUACGUUGGGGACCUCCUUGGGGGUUUGAAUGGAAAUUAACUUUAUGUAAGUGUGCUUCAAAUGUAGCGCUUGAUCAGUGUGGUACGAGAGGCUUUGGAACGAGAGCUCUGUAAUCCAUGACUAUACUCUGCACAUGAUGUGAAGGAUGCCCGACUACAUGGUUGUACUUCUAAGUCUUUAUUCCAAGUUACUAUUGGUGGACUGUGUCUGCUUGUGUACGUGUGUGAAGCUCAGCCGGCAUGUCACACUUAACCUACACUAAAUCCAAUCUUUGCAAUCCAGUGGGAAGAAAGAGAAAGCAGUUGUCUGUAUACAAUGUGACCAUCACUACUCUUUCUAUUGCUCCGUCCAUAACGUGAAGAUGAUUGCAUAUUGAACGUCCCCGUAAGAAUCCGCAGUGCUGCCUCCGUUUGUUCAUCCAUGUGAAGAUCAACUAACUCUUGUCUGAAAGUGUUGUUGGUCUGCUAUUUCCUUAUCUCAUGAACUCUUUUUAAAACCCAGAUUCAGUGUUUUCUUUCUCUCUGGUUAGAUGGCAUACAGUAGUAUUUUCACCAUCAUGCUAACUUUUAAUACCAAUGGGACCCAAUCCUUCACUAGCUAAGGCGCCAGCGGUUGAGUUGUCAUUGGAAGGUUUGGUGGGUUGUUCCACAUGGAGCCUGUCGGUUUAAAUGAUCAAUAAAUGUUACUGAAAACCCAA